AUGCGAAUACUGGGAAUUGCUGGAAUUAUCGGGCUUCUCGGUGGGAUGAGGGGGGCGAUCCCCGUGCACCCGGAGAGUGAUGUAUCCUCACAGAGUGGAGGGGAGAGGACUGAGGGAAGGGCAUAUAGCAACAUCAAGUCGAGUGCCAAGAGGGUCAGCCGGAUCAUGAAGUAUGUGUGCGGGCCUGAGGUGGCAGACUUCAUAAGGGAGUGCUCGGAAAGAGAAGCCGGCGGGGAAGUGGAGGAGAUGUGCCAGAGGCUUGGGCUUGAGUAUUUGGAGCUUGGGAGGAAGAUAGCGGAGUUUGGGGAGGCGGCUGGAAACAGCGCCUGCAGCUUUGAGGUCCGGAAGAGGCUUGCGAUUGAGGUGGUUGAGAGGUCGUUGAAGGUGAACGAGCUUUUGAUGAGGAUAGACAUGGAGUUUGGAUUCUGCGAGGAGGAUCUGAAGAGUAUUGACGAGGUCUGCAAGCACUGCCGCAACCAGGUUGGGCGGGAGCUUAGGUUCAGGAGCUACGACGACAAGGUUCGCAAUCUUGAUGUGAUCUGCUAUUAA